GUGAUGAGAGCGAAUUGUUCCCUCGUUCCCUCCCUCCCCACCUCCUCCCUUCCUCCUUGCCUGUAUAUAAGCAGUGGCUUUCGAGAUCACAAGAAAAACGAGAGCGACGCCUGAAGCUGCACUUCUGCUCCGACUCUCCACAUCCACAACACAACUCAGCUGAUACGAUGAGGUCCUGGUUGGCGCCCGUUGCCAUGGUGCUGUGCGUCCUGGUGUGUGUGGCCGAGGCGUACCCGCCCAAACCCGAACCACCGGCGGGAGACGCAGGACCCGAGGAACUGGCCAAGUACCAUACAGCACUGCGCCACUACAUCAACCUGAUCACCAGGCAGAGGUAUGGGAAGAGAUCUUCUCCGGAGGUAGAGAUGGCUGAGUUGCUCUUCGGUGAUGAUGAACAGGAUGCGAGGCCGCGAAUGGACAGAAUGGAUGACGGUUUGGGCUGGUAGUCGUUGUGUCUCAUUGCGUUCCUGCGUUCCUGCCCUCCUCGUUUAUCAUCACUUCAUCCAUCCUUCAGCCCGUUCCCUCACUCUCUCUCUCUCCCCGUCUCUCUGGAGGAAAAACCAAACAGCCAAAGCAGCAUCAAAAAUAUUGGCACAUGUAUCUCUCUCUCUCUCUCUCUCUCUCUUUCUCUGUCACUUUCUUCUUUUCUCUGCGUCUCUUUCUGUCUGUUUAAAAGUUUUCUGUGAAGCGACAAUUGUAAAUAAUUUGUUACUCACCCGAUUGCGAAUAAUAAACAAUGACUAAACGUUAAAAA